AAGUUUGGUAAAUGGUAAAUUACAUACACAUUGCUGUCUCUCCCUAAUAAUCUCCUCUUGUCUGUUCCCAUUUCUCCUCAUUCCCUCAUUCUCUUGGUCUUCCUCUUCUCUCUGCAACAAACCAUCUCCCAUUGUUGACAGAUCAAGGAAACUCUCGUGAGUAAAAGUGUAACUGUGGUUGAAGUUCAGCCGAGAUGCAGGAAGAGAGGGCCAUUCUCGGCUUUUUAUCAGAAGCCUUUAACUUUGAGCUUGGUUCUUCUACCUCAAUUGAUGCUGUCACAGAUCAUUGGGAUCACAUUCACAGUCUCGGUGAUAACGACUUGCACGAUUACAUGAUUGCGAAUCCCGAACCAAGUCACGAGGAGCAACAUGAUUUACAUAGCGAGGCUAGCUCUAGUGGCACCAAGAAUGAAGCAGCUUCCAGUCACAGUGAGCAACGAAGAAAUGAAAUAAUUGAUUUAGACUCAGAUUCUGAACAACAACCAUCUGCCCCCAAUCAACAUGUUCAGAACUCAAACUCUCCUGCUCUUAGCAUACCACCUGUUUCAAGGAAUAUGCUACCACCGUUUCAGUGGACGGAGGUCUCACUCGCGGCUGGAUCAUCAACCUCUACUGUACCACCUGUUGAGAGAAACCUUCAUUUAGAUGAAACCAGGCCAAGAAGCAUACCAGAGAGUCCCUUGUUUAUUCCAGCUCCUGAACUUAGGAAUGCAACAAGUGGAGACCUGAAUGUUGCAUCAGCAGUAUCUAGGACAGGCUCAGCGACAGGUGUUCAACCACCGUCUUACCAGAACUUGCCACACCAGCAGAGAAGAAGAUCCGAGCUAGCCCGUAGGUCAUUGAUAUCUUCCUUCGCAGGAUCUGAUGAUCAUCCAACACUUCAUGCCUCUCCGGAUGGGCUUGUGCUUCAGCCUGGUGGUGAUAGACAAGGGGAUAGUGUGGCUGGGGCUCAUCAUUCUUUUCGUGCCUUGGCAGCUGCAAGCAGAGGAAGAAGCAGCAGACUCACGGUGUCACAGAUGCAGAACAUCUUGGAUGUCAUGCGUAGGGAUCCGAAUCAUAACUUGCGGCUCGAGGACGUUAUGCUUCUAAACCAGUCAUUGCUGUUUGAUGGGGCUGCUGGUAUGGAUGAUCGUUAUAGAGACAUGCGACUUGAUGUAGACAACAUGUCAUAUGAGGAACUGUUGGCACUAGAAGAGCGUAUUGGAGAUGUUUGCACGGGUGUAAACGAAGAAACCAUAUCAAACCGGUUGAAGCAGCGUAAAUUCAAAAGCAGCACAAAAUCUCCACAAGAUGCAGAGCCAUGCUGUAUUUGUCAGGAGGAAUACAGUGAAGGAGAAGACAUGGGGACGUUAGAAUGUGGGCAUGAUUUCCAUAGCCAAUGCAUAAAAGAAUGGCUGAAACAGAAGAAUCUUUGCCCAAUUUGCAAGACGACAGGCUUGAACACCGCAAAAAGGCGGAAAAUAGGAUGAAUGAGAGAGUAUUCAGAAGAGAAUGAAAAUCCUCUUUUUUUCUGUAUUUGGUUGGAUAAUAUAUUUUACUCAUUUGUCAAUGGAUUAUUUAUGAAUCCAUUGAAAGAAGCAGAAAGUUGAGUCGGUUGAUGUUGAGAUGUUACUUAUGAAAGGAUUGUUAAUAAACAACCCAUACUUUGUUUUUUGAA